AUGGCUAUCACCGUUGGAGUUCUGGCCCUACAGGGUGCGUUCUUUGAGCAUGUUCAGUUAUUGAAAAAAGCCACCGAGCAAGCCCCAUCGUCCGAAUGGAACUUCAUUGAAGUACGAACGCCACAGGAACUGGCAACAUGCGAUGCUCUGGUCUUACCUGGUGGCGAGAGUACUACCAUGUCUUUGGUUGCAGCAAGGUCAAACCUUCUCGAGCCAUUGCGGGAGUUUGUAAAAGUGGAUCGCAAACCAACGUGGGGUACAUGUGCCGGGCUCAUCCUGCUUGCGGAGUCUGCCAACAAGACAAAGAAGGGCGGGCAAGAGCUCAUCGGUGGUCUUGAUGUUCGGGUGAACAGGAAUCACUUUGGUCGACAGACAGAAAGCUUCCAAGGCCCAUUGGAUCUCCCGUUCCUAGGUCAAGAUGCGCCUCCCUUCCCAGCAGUAUUCAUUCGAGCUCCAAUUGUGGAACGAAUUCUGCCGCAUCACGAAGGCAUCCAGACCGAAGAGACUCAACACGACGAUGUUGUCGUAGCGCCAUCCAGACAAGUGCGUGAUUCGGUGGCGGAAGCAGCGACCGCGGAACAUGUUGAGGUACUCGCCACAUUAGAGGGAAGGGCAGCUCAAAACGCCACAGAGGGCCGAGAUAUCAAUCCAGACAGGGAAGUUGGCGAUAUUGUCGCAGUGCGACAAGGAAACGUAUUCGGUACCAGCUUCCAUCCGGAGUUAACAGGCGAUGCAAGAAUCCACAGUUGGUGGCUGCGCCAGGUCCAAGCAGCCGUGCUGAAACGAAACGAAUUGAAGCAGUAA